AUCUGUCGUCGCUGAGUUGACAACUGGCGAGGACAGCAGCCAGCAGCAGCAGUAUUUUUUUGCUGUUGUUCGCUCGUUUUCACUUUUCUCGGUGUGCAAAAUUUCGUAGAAAAUUCCUUCGCGUUCCGAUAUUUUUUCGAUUUUCGCUCGUUCGCCAGUGCAAAAUUUUGGUUCCAUCGCGUCCGAAGUUGGCCCGGAGGUCCCUGUUCGGUAGCGGCAGUAGCGUGGAUAGCGUGCGGAAAGGAUUACGGCCUGUUCCGAGGAAAAAAUAUGUCAGGCAGCAAUAAAGGGCAGCAGCAAGAUCUCGUCGACGACAGCUGGGAGGAAAUCGACGAAGAUCGGUUGGCCGCUCGUCUAAGCAAGUUGUCCAACGACGAGGACGUUGAAGCCACCGAACCGAGUGGCAGUAGUGAAGGAAGCAGUCGUUCCGGCCGGCCUCCACCGAACAGUUUACCCGCAAUGCUGGAAGAGGAACUGCGCCCACGGAUGAUUCUACAGAGACCUCAGAUGCAGAUCCUUCGGCGGCCGCAAUCGCAGGCCCAGGAAGCGGAGAAGGCUGCCAUCGAGAGCAAACCCAAGGCUCAGAUCAAAUCGUUGGAUCAGCGAAAGCAGGAAUAUGCGGAGGCCCGCCUCAGGAUAUUGGGAUCGGCCCACGACGAGGAGGAACAACAGCAAACGAAACAAAUUGAACAAGCACCGAAAAAAGGCAGUCCCAAUACCAACGGAUAUCGGAUAAACAACAACAAUAGCAACAGCAGCAGCAGCAGCAGUAGUAGCAGUAGCAACACCACAAACAACAACGGAGGAAACAUCCGUCUGGACCGGCCGCCAAAUUCGUUCCGAUCACUCCCUGGAUGCUAUCAUAUGCCACAGCUACCUGCACCGCAUCCCGGUGGUUCCUUUUAUGCUCAGCUUCCCUCCUCCGGGCGGAUUCCACCGGACGCCUCCGCAUCGAUCAAUCUUCACUUCUUUCCCCCACAGCAACAGCAGCCGGUCGGUCCCCAUGUCCCCGGGGGAUACCACUUUCAGCAUCACCAGCAGCAGCAGCAACAGCAUCAUCAUCCGCAACAACAUCUGCACCAGAAGCACGUACCACCUUACGGAAUGCCGCCCCAAUCAUCCAGCGGCUACCACCACGGGACCAUGGGACCAAUUCCGGCGUACGGUGGCCCCCUUGGCCACAAUAGUAAUAACAACGUGCUGAGAACGCCAGCCGGACCCGAUGGGUCGCAUGGAUUCGCCAUGCGACGGUAGCUAGUUUAUUGAAUUGAAUGCGCUGAAGUAAAAAAAAAAAAAACAAUUAGGAUUCUAUCAAUGUAUGAUUUCGCUUCUAAAUUGUCUUCAACUUGUUUUAUAUAUUACUUAUAACAACGCCCCCCGAAAUAACUUACAGUUAAACUCUGAUAUAUCGAUGUUCCCCAAGGAUAUCGACUUCUUGAAUGGGAUUCUGCGCUCCUUCGAUUAACAAUUUCCGCUUUGCAAAAAGCGCUCCAGUUCGACUUCGGUCUCUGGCAAUCAAUGUCGAUUUAAUGGAGGAGGGCUUUUAAACAGGAUUUAGCAAACAGUUUUAUGGCUCAAUACAACACCCCCCUCAGUCAAGUACAGUGAAGACCACCCACUCAAUAGAACAAUAUAAAAAAGAAAACAGUUUGAAAAUAUACCAACCAUGUCAAAGUGCGUACAAUUUGCUUUCAGUUUAUACCUUAUUAUCAUCCCUAAUCACUUAUUAUUUCAGACUUUAUUGUAGUGGAAAUGAAAAUAUUUUAAUUAUUGUAUAAGAAUGGUGCAAACAAAUAAAAUUUAAAGAACGUUGCUAUACACGGCAUGUAUCGAAGGGUGA